AUGCGCAUGAUCUUCCCAGCCACCCACACCCCUAUAUACCUGGUCGUUCGGGGUGACUCCAAGAAGUCCGAUGCCUUUAUUGAGGCGAACCAAGACGCAGCUCUCCCAGACGUGAAGGGCGGUUAUACAGUCUGCUUCUUCGAGCUGAACCCAUCUUCCGAGCCCGUUAUUGCUGCCCCUGUUGCCAAAUCAACACCGGAAGAUUUGCGCAAGUUAGAGGACAUCGAAGAGAUGAAAUUUUCCGGAAAAAAGGUGUUUGUCUGGUUCAUGGUUCCGACCAAGGCUCUCGAUGCUGUGCAAAAGAUGAAAAACUACAUGCACAAGAUCGUGAACCACGUCCGCGAUGCCUUCCAGACAGCCGGCGACCAAGGAGAAUUUUGGUUUGCAGAACAAAAUCCUAUUCCAAAGGACGCUGUUACCGCUCGCCGCCCAAAGAUGCCAUGGCUCUUUGAUGAAAACGGCAACUACACUACCUUGGACACACCAGACCCCUUCUUUCUGGAUGACCGUGACCGCCGCAGCAAACUCGUCGAAGCUUCUAUUAUUGAGAGGCAUCACAUGGUGAACAUGUACGACGUCCUGUUUCGCCCAGGCAAGGAGCACGAGGCUACCCUGGAGCUUGCCGCUGUCUCCCAGUGGAAAAUUCACAUCUGGAUGAAUAGUCCUGAUCAAAAGCCUGCACCCCCAGAAGGCAAUAGAGCCAAGUACAAGAUCCAAGGGCUGGGAGAGGGCGAUGGAUUAUGCAUAGCCUCUAGUCUGGCGGACUUCGCAAUUCUUACUAGCGCGCCAUUCACCUCUGACUGGAAUGGGAAAACCUGUAAGAUUGAGCUCGCUCUGAAGCUCAACCUGAAGUCCAUCCUGGGGCAGAUCCUCGAAGAGAAACAGAAAUGGGAGGAGACCCUCAAUAUCAUUCAGGAAGUGCGAGGGUUUAUGGCCGACGUUGUCAAAUUCCAUCGGCAGAGCGUCGUUGAUGAUAGCCGGACUCAAAGUCGUGGCAAGGAAUGGCUGAAAUCGCUUGGGAGGAAAGCUAGACGUUCUGCAGAGCCCUAA